AUGAGCACGCGCCGCGGCAGCAAUAGCGCGCGCAGCCCGCGAGACAUCAACGUGCUGGUGGACAAGCUGCUGGCCAAGGUGCACGGCGCGCCGUCCGCCAUCACCACCCGCCGCACUGUCGUGCGCCUCCACGACGCCGUGUCCGUCGCGCCACAGACAGACUCGUUUUCGGUGCUGGAGAAGAUCAAGCGGAAGAUCGCGACGGACGCGCCGCAGUUCUACCCUAACUCGCAGGAGACGGUCACGAGGCUCAACGAGGUCUACUCGCGCUUCGUCAAAUUCAAGAACCUCGACAAGAAGACUGAGGCGUUGUUGUUACUGUAUGGGCUGAUGGAUUCAGCGCCUCCGCCGCCUCAAAGUGAGAGCGUCAACAGUCAUCAGGAUGUAGAGCCGAUGAACGUUGACACUUUUGAGAUGCGAGGGUCGAUGCCGGGGAGCCUGGACAACUCUGUCUCGGAGAGGAAUGGGGAGUUCGGUGUGCACCAUCGGUCGCAGUCGAUGCCUGGGGCAGCACCUUUUACGUUUGGAGGGCAAGACGCAGUGUCGCCUGUUUCAACGAUGGACCAGUCGAAAACGGAUCUGGAUUCGCUCGAGGACUCGUUCAAGUUCGCUGUCGGUAUCGCUCCAGUUCACAAAACAAGCAGAGGGAAAGGCAGUCCGCGUACAGGCACCAGUCCUCGCACACAUACAGGUGGGACGAUCGCUCCAGGAGGCCGCUCGUCCUUUGAUGUGCCGGAGGAAGUUCUGCUUCGAGACGUUUUGUAUGCCUUGCAAGCGGUCGAGUCGCGGUAUUUGUACUUCGACGACGCAGCUGAUCGCUUUCAGAUCACGAGGAGUGUGGGCGUUCCGACGCCGAUGCGCGAGCUGAUUCACAUGCUGUGCGACCUGGGUUGGCUCUAUCGCAAGAUUUCGGAGUACAUUAAGCAGCAUCGCGAAGAAUUAGCGUUUGGCCUGGUUGGCCAGAGCUUUUGCCACGUGCUCAACACUGUGCUGACAGACUACUUCCGCCUAAUAGCGGUUCUGGCGUCUCAGAUCGACGAAGAUGCCGAAACGAGACAGCCACAUGAACGAUCACUGAGCAGUCUUACCUUGCGGACUCUGAUCGUAUGGAUCCAGGACCCUCUAGACAAAAUGCGCUUGAUGGCUCGUCUAAUCGACAGGCAUGUAGGCUCUGCUGAGAGGUUUGGAGAAAAUGUUCGGCGGCUAACAGUCGUGUGUUGCUGUAGCGUUGAAGGUCUUCGUGGUGGCGCGCUUGCGUCCGGUAUUCACUCGCACGUGCUGCACGGCGAUCCGGACGUGUCACAGUCUGUUCAAACUGUGAUGAAGCGAAUUGCUGCUCCAAUCAUUCGUAUGAUCAAACGCUGGGUGUUUGAAGGCGAGCUUGAAGACGUGCAUGGCGAGUUUUUCGUGGUGGCAGAUUCAACAGUGAGUGACGACCAAUUUUGGGCCAACAAAUACACUCUGAAUCGGAAGAUGUUGCCGACGUUCAUCUCAGUUGAGCUCGCGAGGAAAAUUCUGGUUAUUGGAAAGAGUAUCAACUUUAUUCGCGAAUGCUGUGGGAAUGCUGAUUGGGUCAUGGAUGCUGCGCAAGAAGGCACUGUGAUCGGAAUGGAUACCGAAGACGAAGCAGCAAAUUUUGCAGAGCUGAAGCGUCUGGAAACAAUGAUCGAGAAUGUUUCGAACUCUACAAACGAGUACCUGAUUCGCACAUUGAUGGAGAAAUAUCGACUUCUGGAUCAUUGCCAGGCACUGAAACGCUAUCUGUUGCUCGGACAGGGCGACUUUAUUCAAUACCUGAUGGACCUUUUAGGGCCAGAGCUGUCUAAGAGAGGCUCGCAAGUGUAUCGCCAUACACUAACGAAUGUGCUGGAAACCGCUCUAAAUGCUUCCAACGCGAAGUUUGAGUCAGCGGAUAUCCUUGGACGUCUGGAUGUUGAGCUGCUGCAAGGAUCCUCGGCGGACACUGGAUGGGACAUCUUUAGUUUGCACUACAACUUGCAAGCGCCGGUGAAUAGCGUUAUUCCUGCCUCCUCGAUGCUUCAAUAUCAGCAAAUAUUUGACUUCCUGUGGCGGCUCAAGCGAGUAGAGCACUCGUUGUCUGCGUCAUGGACAAAGGACAUGAAUCUCGGGCACGAGGUUCAGGGGUGUAUACCGGGGAUUCGACCUGUCUUGCACAGAAGUCAGCUCGUGCGAUCUGAGAUGAUUCACUUCAGCACCAAUCUUUUGAACUACAUGAUGUUUGAGGUUCUCGAAAUUGCCUGGCACAAGCUGGUAAAAGAUCUGAACGCAGCGAAGGACUUGGACGAGUUGAUCGAAAGUCACGCAGCUUACAUCUUCUCCAUCAAGAAAAAUGGCUUCAUGAUGAAGGAGUCAAGAGAACUUCUGAAGCAGUUGAAGCUCAUUUUUGCAACCAUCAUCAGGUUUUGCAAGGCGCAGGAGAACUUAUACACUACUGCGAUGCACGCGAAGCAAGUGGAGGGAAUGCGUCAGCAACUGAUUGGACGACGAGAGCUUGAUGGUUCGUGGGGAAUACCCGAGGAAGACGAGUACAGCGUGCAAUCAGAACAAGAUACGUUCGGGGCCAACUCGAAGAUCUUACGCCAAAUUGAAGAGAUUUCGGAGGAAUACAGUCGCCAAUUCCUGGAGCUCCUGGAAAUUGUGAAACAGAACUCCAUCCGAGGAUCACAAAGCCUGUCAUUCUUGAUGUCGCGCUUCGAUUUCAACGAGUUUUAUCUCAAGAAGGUCACCCCUCCCAUGGACGCAGAUGAAUAA